CCCCGGGGCGGGGCCAAGCGCGGCCGUGAGGUGCGGCGUGAGGAGAGCCCGGGGGGGGACGGGUGUGAGGAGGGAAGGAGACGAGGGAAGGAGGCGAGGCGGAGCGGGCUGUGAGGCGUCCUGGCAGCUCCAGAUCCCCGUGUGAUAAAUGGACUACAAGAAAAUCACGGAUGAAAUUUCAGAAAAAAUCUUAUCGUACAGCCAGGAUUCUUCAGGAUGGAGGGUGAUAAAAGUUUCGAAAAAUGUUACAGUUUCUUCAAAGCCUUCAAAAGAGUAUGCGGGAAAUAUAUACCGUGGAGAAGGGAUAAUUGAGGAAGUCCCUAGUAAAAUUAUUCCUUUUAUGUAUCUUCCUGAAUACCGAAACAAAUGGGACAAAGCAUUAAAAUCUUACAGUCUGUUAGAAAGCGUUGACCAGGACACUGGUAUAUACCACAGUGUAACGCACAGUUACGGCAUGGGCCUGAUUUCAUCGAGAGAUUUUGUUGACCUGCUGCAUGUCAAAGCCUACCCUGGUGGUAUCCUUACAACUAACUCUAUCAGUGUGGAAUAUUCCAACUGCCCUCCAACUCCCUCUUGUGUCCGAGGCCGUAACAAUCCCUGUGGGUACGUGUGUUCUCCCUUGCCUGAGAAUCCAGAGCACUCUAAGCUAGUUGUAUUUAUUCAGCCAGAACUAGGAGGAAUGCUUCCUUGCUCUGUGGUGGAGUCAGCGUUACCUACGACUCUCGUAAACUUAAUCACUGAAACAAGGGCUGGACUGAAAAGCUUUAAAGACCGUAAUUAAACGUAACUGGAAAAUAAUAUGUGCUUAAGUCAUGUGCGUUUUUUACUUCGAUUCAUAUUUAAAAUGGAAGAUGAAGUUUAUUUUAAUGGUUUAUGUGGAAACGUGUAAAGCUCAACUUCUCUGUUAAAAUAGUGAAUGCUAGUUUUCUCUGCUUUUGGGGAAUGGUGCAAGAAAUCUACCCUGAAGUGCCAUCGAAGUACAGGAUGUAGCUUUCACUGUUAUCAGGCGAUGUCUUGUAAUAUUUUUGCAC